CAUUUGCCAGAGCAGAAACAAAAAGCCUCACUAGGAAGAAAGUGAAGAACAACUGAUUCAUCCACAUUCCAUUGAAGAGGUAGGAGAUGAGCAAUUAGAUAGGCUUUGAGGAAUACUUGGGUUUGUAUUUGAAGAAUUAGGGUUCUUGAAGAAGAAGAUAUGUGCUGUUUCUUUCCAUUGACAAGGAUUUAUCAAAGGUUUUACUGGCAAUCCGAUAUCCCCUCUUCCUUAUCAUCAGUGUUUCUGAAUCUGGUUGACAGGGAGUGUUGUUUCAAUGACGACCAAGGGUGACGGAGACAAAGAAUUGCCAGACGAGGACGAAGUAACUGGCAAUAAAGUACUGGUGCAUGAAGGGAAAAAUGUAGUUAAGAAUUGUGAGUUCAAAGUUGAGAUUGUUAAUGGUGACGUACAAGGUGGGGCCCCUGGGGGUGUGGGGGCAUUACGAGUUAAAGGUUCGGAAUUGCAACAGCAGGAACAGAGUCAAGGGGCAGUAAUCUGUUGGGAAAGAUUUCUUCAUGUUACCUCCAUUAAGGUGCUGCUGGUGGAGAAUGAUGAUUCUACACGACAUGUUGUAACCGCUUUACUUCGAAAUUGCAAAUAUGAAGUUAUACAAGCAGCUAAUGGAUUGCAAGCCUGGAAGAUAUUAGAAAAUCAUACCAAUCAAAUUGAUCUAGUGUUAAGUGAGGUAGUAAUGCCUUGUUUAUCAGGCAUAGGCCUUUUAUGCAAAAUCAUGAGCCACAAGACACACAAGAAUAUCCCUGUGAUCAUGAUGUCACCUCAUGAUUCGGUGGGUUUAGUCUUCAAGUGUUUGUCAAAAGGUGCAACCGACUUCUUGGUAAAACCUAUACGAAAGAAUGAGCUCAAGAAUCUAUGGCAGCAUGUCUGGAGAAGAUGCCAAAGUUCUAGUGGAAGUGGGAACGGAAGUGGUACACAAACCCAAAAAUCUGUAAAGUCAAAGAGCGGCGAGCAAUCUGACAACAACAGUGGUAGCAAUGAAGGGGAAGAUAAUCAGGAAAAUGCUCCUCUUGGAAAUGGAAGUGAUGAUGCAAGUGACACACAGAGUUCUUGGACAAAACAAGCUGUUGAAGUUGAUAGCUCUCAAGCAAUGACUCCGUGCAAUCAAGCACUGUCUCCGUGCAAUCAAGCACCUGAGUGUGGAGACAACAUUCGUGCGCAAGUUAUCCGAUCAAAUGCAGAAACCUCUCCUCACAGGAAGGCACACAUGAACCCCUCAAGAGAUUGUCAAGAAGAACCUGAUAACACUGGAAAAGGUAAACCUUCUAUCACUGACUCACUUAGAGAUCAAGAGUUAGAACCUGUAAAUGCUAUUGAGCUUCCAGUCAAACAUCUCGGCGCAAUACAUAAGAGCGCGCUGGAAAUAGAUUCAAAUGCAAUUAAUUUGAAGAUGGACAUAAAGAAGGAAAACCGAAUCGAUAAUCAUCUGCUCAGUGAACAACAUCUUGUGACUGCUGAGGUGUCUCAUCCUCAGAUUGACAAAAGAGAGUUGAAUAAAGUUGUGGAUGCAUCAGAAAUCAAUAUUAUUUCCACCGAUGACUCCAAACACAAUGUCGUUGAGCUAAGUUUGAAGAGGCUAAGAGGUCUCAGAGAAUCAGGGAUAGCUUUUCAAGAUGAUCGCAAUGUUUUGAGGCAAUCAGAACUUUCAGCUUUCUCAAGGUAUAACUCAUCUGCAAAUCUUAGAAGGACUCCUAAUGGGAUCUCUCGAAGUAGUUCUUUAAUUGGGAAUAGCCUGGAAAUUGCAAAGAAUAAUUCAGUGGAUGAUAUUGAAGCUCACACGGACAAAACACUUCUCAAUCCAAGCUCAAAGGGGGCGAGCAAUAACAUAGCCACCGGUCCCACAACUAAUUUACUUACUUCAAAAUCACUACCACUUAGAGAUACAGUUUACAGUUUGAACGGUCCACAUUUUGCAUCAUCAAACAUUCGGGCUGGUUCAUGUGAAGGAAACCCUGAAUUUCAAAGUCUGAACAGAAGUGCUUCUGGGAAUAACCAUGGAUGCAAUGUGCAGAACGGAAGCAGCAAAGCCGUAAAUGCUGGAGGCGCAAAUGGGAAUAGUGAUACUGAGUUAGCUGGCACAAGUAGAAGUGGUGGUGAUGCAAGUGGCAGUGGUUCUGGAAAUACGAUGGAUCCUUUCAAACUUGUGAGAGCAGCUGCCUUGACCAAAUUCCGUCAGAAGAGGAAGGAGAGAUGCUUCGAGAAAAAGGUUCGUUACCAGAACAGAAAGAAACUAGCAGAGCAGCGACCACGUGUUCGAGGACAAUUUGUGCGGCAGAUACCUCAAAACAACUCAACUAAUACUGCAGAUGGAUGAGUCAAAGCCAUUUUUCCUGAUCCUAUUCACAAAGGUAUCUUUUUACGUGCAGCAGGCUGAGCACUAUUGUGAAAAGCUUAGUCAUAUUGUAACUUAAUUUUUCCCGGCAUAUUGCAAGAACAACAGUCAUUGAGUUAUUAUAGGAGGAAGUUCUGUUUUUCAAUGAAAAGCCUUCUAUAAUAAACAAUAUUACCUACUAUUGUUCAUUCGGCUUAGGAGUGAUCUUCUGUUUAUGACCUGUUGACAAUUCAAUUGAUUUAUGUUAAUCACUGUGAAAUUAUAUUGAUCA